UAGUAACUUCGUGCCCAAAGAGAUAUAUUCGAUAGAAAAAAAUACAUUUUUAAUAAGAAAUCACUAUGGAGUAUUUAUAUAAAACCGUUAUACCUAAAAUGACAAAUGAAAUUGGAAAUAUUACUCCAAAACUUGAAGUUUAUCGUUAUGAAAUUCUGUUAGGAGUAUUUGCAUUCUUUUUGGCUUAUGCGAUUAUGGUGUUUGUAAAAAAAGCAAAAAGUAAUUACCCUCCUGGACCAAUGGGACUGCCGAUUGUAGGAUAUUUGCCUUUUGUAUCUAAUAAUUUGCACUUGGAUUUUACUGAAUUAGGAAAGAAAUAUGGUGAUGUAUUUAGUGUGAAAUUAGGAUCGCAAAAUAUUGUUGUACUUCAUGGAACUGAAGUGAUAAGAGAAGCUUUUAACAAAACAGAAUUCCAUGGAAGACCUCCAUCCAGUUCCUUGGAGGGUAUAAAUCCAUACAGUCCUUUCUUCGGCAGAGAUUGCCAUGCUUGGAAAGAACAACGGAAAUUUGUGGUACAAUCCAUGAAGGACCUUGGUCUAGGAAAGACAAAGAUUGAAGAUGAAGUAAUGGAUGAAGUAAAUCAUUUUGUGAAGGUCUUAAAAAGUCACAGUGGGCAACCAAUUGAUGUAAAGAAGCCUCUGUCUCCAAGCAUGUCCAACAAUAUAUGCGCUUUAGUCUUCGGGAAACGAUAUGAUUACGAUAAUCCUGAUCGCCGAUUCUUGGACGAAAAUCUGGAUGAAACGACCGAAUUCGCCAGUGACACUUCUUUAGAGUUUUUGUUUCCCUGGAUCAAACACAUUCCUUUUAUUUUUAAGAUUCUGAAUAUCGAUAGGUCAUUCGCAUUCGAGAGGGCAUUCGCAGCAUUUCAAAAAAUUCAUACAUUUUUCAAAAAAGAAGUAGACGAGCAUGCAAAUACUUUGGAUCAUGGUCUUGUGCGAGACUUCAUAGAUCGAUACCUACUGGAAAUACAAGCCCAGAAAGAGAAAAAUCCAAAUAGUACCUUUCAUUAUGACAUGUUGAUAAGUAUUAUGCUUGAUAUAUUUGGAGCCGGCAGUGAAACCGUUCGCACUUCUAUUUUGUGGUUCAUCUACUGCAUUGCCGCCUUUCCUGACAUCCAGAAAAAAGUUCAUCAAGAGAUCAUGGAAGUUUUGGGUUCAGAUAGAAAUCCAGAAUUCCAAGAUCUGAAAAGUAUGCCCUAUACUCAUGCAGUUAUACUGGAAAUAAUGAGAUGGAAGACCAUAAUUCCACUCAGCUUAGAAUAUACUUUGGGUGAUUCCACUGCUGGUGGGUACUAUAUACCUAAAGGAACAGUAGUCGUGGCCAACUUCUGGAACGCACACCACGACCCCCGAUAUUGGAAGGAACCUGAAGAAUUCAAUCCAGAAAGAUUUCUUAGCAAAGAUGGCAAGUCUGUUGUGAAGUCAAAUAAUUUUAUGCCAUUUUCCACAGGUAGAAGAGCUUGUCCUGGUGAAUCUAUGGCAUACAUAGAGAUGUUCUUGUAUUUUACUUCGAUACUACAGAAAUUUGAAGUAGCUUUUCCGCCUGGAGCUAAAGUCGACUUUUCUGCAAAAUUAACAAUCACAUAUAGACUGGAUCCAUUUAUGGUGCGAUUUAUACCAAGGAACUGAAGAAACCCGAAACUGUAUUACAACAAAUAUCGCAUCAACAAGUCGAUGUUUAAAAGUCAUGUGAUUCUUUGUAUGAAUACUAUUAAUAAAGGAAAUAGGCAAUUUGAUUAAAAAAACUGGAAGGUGUUCUGAAGAAUGUUAUGACUGCUUUAAUCAUAGGGUACAUUAUGCAAGCAUAUCUAUCGAUUAGAAUUAAAAAAUUUUUAUUCCAGAUAAAUAAAAGCUGUUUUUUUUUUCA